UCUUUUAAAUAAAAUUAAAAACAUUGAAAACAUAUAAAAAAUGGCGCACAUAGCAAGAGUAGCUAAAUCUGCGCCUGUUAGAAAAAUUGCCAAACCAUUAUUGUCUGUAACUAGCAAUGAAGCAAGAAGACGAGUUUUGAAUUUAUACAGAGCAUGGUAUAGAGAGGUACCACACAGUCUAGAGUCUCAUGCACUGGAUAUCACUGUCAAACAAGGAAGACUGAAAGUUCGAGAAAUGUUUCUAAGAAAUAAAGACGUCAAAGACAUCAGGAUUAUUGACAUGCUGGUCAUCAAGGGAACGAUGGAUUUGGAAGAGACCCACAAAAUGUUCAAACAAAAGGCACAUAUAAUGCAGCACUUCGAUGAGCCACUCAACCCACAAGAGAAAAGUUUUCUUUCUAAGUUUUACGAUGGUUAUGAUUAAUUUUGAAAGAAACAGUAUAGCAAUGUGUAUAUAGCUUAUAAAGAAAAUAAUAAUUUUUCUUGCUU